GGAACGGAUUAACAUAUCGCUCAAGGUUUAGUAAAUUUAAAUGUAGCGCCAAGUAUUUCAGUAUUUGUUAUCGAUGUUGUAAAUCGUUAGAGAGAUCAUAUUGUAAAGCUAAAUGCGGUCACACGAAAUGGUGAAUUGUAAGCCAGAAUCUCCCGCUCAGAUUUAUUCCGAUUGGAGAGAUCAAAGAGACUGGGAGGCGAGACUGCGAAUAAAACAUCGUCGUUUGUUUAUGCUAUUGUUCUACGCUACAAGACUGGCUUUCUUGUUUCGGUGUUGGCUAAGCAACGUUAAAGGCAACUCCCAGGGGAUCUCUUUCGGUCGGCGUCAUUUCUUUUAUUCGCACUCCUUUAUCGUGCAAUGCCGACUUCACAUUCACCCCGGCGGAGCCCCCGAAUUGGACAGACGGGAGCUCCCGCAACUGCAACUACGACCACCGCGACCACAUCAGCCGGCAGUCCGAAGAAUGUGCCGGGCUUAUCGGGCGGUGAGCUGCAGCGGCCACGGACUCCAAAGCAACCGGGAUUAAUCCCAAGUGGUGCUCCAAAGCCUGAUAGAUCAGGCCAGGAUACGGACACCACAACC